AUGAAUUUCAUUGAUAGCUCAAAGCCACUGAUUGUAAAGAUUAACGGGAGACUGUACUGGGACUGUGGACUUGACGAUGAUUCUAGCUCAGAAGAUUUCAAGUAUGAGAAUUCAAAGACAAUUUUUAAAUCGGGUAUUCUCUCUAAUGAUGUUUCGAAUAACGGCCACAUGUCUCACAGAGAUGAUGAUUCAUGUCCACGAAUUCAGGUUUGCGUUCGGAAACGGCCUCUGAGCCUCAAAGAGGUCAGUCAGAGUGACCCAGAUAUCGUGGACGUAUCAGUCCCUGGCCACGUAACCGUGAGCGAACCACACUACCUGGUGGAUUUAAGCCAAUUUGUUGAAUCUCAUACCUUUCGUCUGGAUCACACAUUCGAUGAAACGACGUCCACUAACGAGAUCUAUCGAAAGACAGCCGCCCCAUUAUUGCGGUCAAUUUUUCACGGAUUCAUGGCAACGUGUUUUGCCUAUGGGCAGACAGGGUCGGGCAAGACCUUUACGAUGAGCGGUCCAGUUGGACCCGAUAACUGCUACCGGCUUCUUGACAGAGGUCUCUAUGGAAUGGUUGUAAACGACGUCUUCGAGCGACUGCGAAGUCAAGAAGACGGCAAUGGGUACUCCGUUACUGUGGCAUUCUUCGAAAUUUACUGCAACCGAGUCUACGACCUGCUUAAUGGACGGAGUUUGGUGCGUGUGCUGGAGGACGCGAGUGGGUCCGUGCACUUGGUCGGCCUCAGCGAGGUUCAAGUGGAAACCUCCGAGGAGACGCUGGACUUGCUGCGACGCAGCUCUCGACUCCGCGUCACCGGCCACACCACCCUCAACGUCACUUCCAGCCGGUCACACGCAGUCUUUCAGAUAAGUCUUCGACUAGCAGACUCAAUCAUUGGUCGUUUUUCCCUGGUCGACCUGGCGGGCAACGAGCGAGGCGGCGACGCAGACAAGGAAACGCGCAUAGAGUGCGGCGAGAUCAACAAGAGUCUGCUGGCCCUGAAGGAGUGCAUCCGCGCCAUGGGGCGUCGCAGGGUGCAACACCUUCCCUUCCGCAACAGCAAACUAACGCAGGUCCUGCGAGAGUCCUUUCUGGGAUCGCGCUCUCGCACCUGCAUGAUCGCCAUGGUCUCGCCCGCCCUCAGCUGCGCCGACUACACCCUCAACACCCUGCGCUACGCGCAGCUAGUCAAAGAGCUGCCCUCGCUGGAGGGCUGGCCGCGGCGCUCCACGCGUGUAUCCCGUAUGUCCACAUACUCCGGCUUUCCCAAGUCUUCACCAAGUUUUUGCGCUAACGAUGAUAGUUCCAGUAAUUACGACUGGGAUGUGAGUGAGACUGAGGCAUUUGGGGAUGAGUCGGGCGAGGGGGCGCGAGAACGACGCGGGCCUUUUUCUGAGCUCGUCGGUCUACACAGGCAGUUGUUGAAGCACAGGGAGGUGCCGGAGAUCGAGCAAUCGAUGACCACUGAACCCACCACUUCUGCUGUGUUUGUGCCGCCUUUCGCGUCCAGCAAUUCUGGAGCCACAUUUCACCACCCUCUUUGUGCUGCAAAUUGCUGCCUGCUCCGGACCUGA